AUGGAAGCAUUAUUACCAAUAAAUAAAUCAAAUACAAGAUUAAUCAUUGUUCAUCAUUCACUUCCUUUAUCAUUGCAAAAUGUAGGUGAUGGUGGAUAUUGGUCAUUCCAUGAUAGAAAUUUAGCAUCUUUGGCAAGUUCAGUUCACUUAUUAAAAAAAAAUAAUAUUAUAAGUGAUUAUAUUUGGGUUGGAUGCCCAGUUAAUGAUCAAUUUCAACCAUUAAGUGGUACAGGUAAUGAUGAUUCAGAAGAAGAAAGUAAUAGGUUGUAUUCAUUACUAGUUGAAAAUGAUUGUAAUCCUGUAGAGACAAUCAAUCAAAAAUUGUAUGAAGAUGCAGUAAUCAAUUUUACACACAAAUUUUUAAAGAAUAUAUUUCACUAUGAAGUUAGUGAGAGUAGAUUUGAUGAAGGUCAUUGGAGUUCUUAUAAGGAAUUUAAUAGACAAUUUGCAAAUAAGGUGUUACAAUUGUAUCGUCCAGGUGAUAUCAUUUGGGUACAUGGUAUCGAGUUAUUGACAUUACCGAGACUAUUACGUAAAUUAAAUGCUUCAAUGUUUGUUGGCUUAUUUUUACAUUCUCCAUUCCCAUCGGUUGAAGUAUUUAGAUGUGUUUCAAGUAGAAAGCAAAUUCUCAAAGGAAUGUUGGGUGCUAAUUUAGUCGCUUUUCAAGCCUAUUCUUACUCUCGUUAUUUCUGUCAAUCAUGUACAAGAUUAUUGGGUACACCAGCUGGAUUCGAUAGUGUAAAAUUUAAUGAUAAAACCGAUGAUAAGAAUGGUCGCAACAGUGGUACAAACAAUGAACGUAUUACAAAGAUAUCAGUAUUCUCUGAAGGUAUUGACCCAAAUGUAACUCUACAAAUAAUAUCACACGAAUCAACUAAACAAAGAAUCAAUGAAUUAAAAGAAACUUUUAAAGGUAAAACUAUUUUCAUUUCAAAGGAUCAAGGUGAAGCAAAUGAAGGUACAAAGAAUAAACUUUUAGCUUUUGAAAGUUUCUUAAAAAGAAAUCCAUCAUUAGUUAAAGAUGUUGUAUUAUUUUUAAUUUGUGAACCAAUAAAUAAUAAUAACAAUAAUAAUAAUAAUAAUAAUAACAAUAGUUUAAAUGCAAGUUCAAGUGCAAGUGGUAGUAGUAAUGGUAGUAGUCCUGGUCAUAGUAUGAAUAGUAGUUGUAAUGGUUUAAGUUUUAGUGGUUUCGCUAGUAGUUUUGGUUUCAUUAGUGGUGGUGGUAAUGGUGGUAAUAAUAGAAAAGAUAAAGUAAUUUCAAUGAUAAAUGAAACCGUUGCAAGAAUUAAUGGUGAAUAUGGUAAAGUUGGUACAAUACCAAUUCAAUAUAUCAAUCGUUUUGUAGAUUAUGAAGAGAUUUGUUCAUUCUUUCAGGUUGCCGAUAUUUUAUUAUCUGCACCAUUAAGAGAGGGUAUGAAUUUAGAUACUCAUGAUUUUGUUGCUUCACAUAGAAUUAAGAAUUCCAAUGGUUAUGAUAACAAUGAUAAACCUGGAAUUUUAAUAUUAAGUGAAUUUGAUGGAGCUUCAAGAUGCUUUAGUGGUGCAAUUUUAGUUAAUCCUUAUAGCGUCAACCAAAUUAGUCAAGGUAUUGAAACUGCAUUUCAUUUAAAGAAUGAAGAAGCAGUCAUUAAACAUAAUCAAAAUUUAGAAUAUGUAAUGACCAAUACAAGUUAUCUAUGGGGUGAAGCAUUCCUUUAUGAUAUCCUAUCACUUCAAGAUCAAUUGCAAUCACAACAACAAGAAAUGGUUGAUACUUGUUAUUUGGAUAUUAAAGUUUUAGAUAAAUCUUAUAGAUUAGCUGAUAGAAGAUUAUUGAUAUUUGAUUAUGAUGGUGCAUUUAUGUGUUUCCAACAGCAACAACAGCAACCAUCACAUCAACAACAAGAUAAUUCACAAUCCCAAUAUUUACCAGCAAAGAUUGCAAAUAUUUUAAAGAAACUUUCAAAAGAUACAAAAAACAUUAUUUAUGUUAUUACAAGUAGAGAUGCAAGUACCUUUGAUAACCUUUUGGAGAAUAUACCAGGUGUUGGGUUAGGUUGUGAACAUGGCUCUUUCUUAAAAUCAUCAACCGGUAUUCAUGGUGGUAUUGAAGAAUGGCAAAAUCUAUCAGAGGGUAUCGAUUUAUCAUGGAAAGAGAUGGUGGUACCUAUAUUGGAACAUUUCUGUGAACGUAUACCAGGUUCAUCUUUGGUAGUAAAUAAAGUGACCGUUGCUUUCUCCUAUGAAAAUUGUUUCUCUGAAUAUAGUAGUGAGAAUGCUCAAGAGUUACUCACAACUCUAAUGGAAGUAGCUGGUAAAACUCCAAUCGAUAUUUCAAAUUCAAACAAAGUCAUUGAAAUUAAACCAUCAGGUACCGGUAGUAGUAUUGCAAUGAAAAAAGUAAUGGAAGAGAAUCCUGAAAUUGAUUUCAUGCUUUGUAUUGGUGAUGAAAAGACUGAACAAGGUGUUUUUGACCUAUUGGAUAGAUUAAAUCCAAAUCAUUUCGCUGUUUCCGUAGGUAAAAAGAAAUCUUAUACAAAAUAUUUUGUAAAUAAUCAAAAUCAAGUUUUAUCAAUGUUGGAAUUGGUCUCAAAUUAUUUAAAUGUUUCUUCACCUCCUACAAAUUUUCAUUCAUACUUAAAUUCAAUCUCAUUAAAAGCAGAAUCAAGUCCAAUGGUUGAAACUUCAACUCCAAAUCUACCAUAUUCUUUACCAAUUUAA